AUGGCGUCGAAAGUAGACGAACCACUGACUUUAAAAUUUACAAGCACCACCUUUGAUCCCGAAAAGUGUAAGCUGGCAUUAUUAUACUUAUUUGAAUAUUUAAUCUGAUUUUUUAGAAAAUUUCUAAAAAACGUUUUUGUAGUACUGAGCACGUUUUGACUGGCAAUUAAUAUAAGAAGCUUUAACAGUUUGUCUCCUCCUGUUUACGUUGUACACAGAUGUCAGAAACUUAUCAGCUGAAUGUGACACUGAUGCAGAGCUUCAGGAUCACCGAAAGCGGAUUCAGGCAUUAAGCGAGGAAACUGCUAUUAGUUUAAAGAAAAAUGUCUACAAGAAUUACAUGCAGUUCAUCGAAACCUCCAAGGAAAUAUCUUGUAUCCUUGUGAUUCAGCUCAGUCGAAAUUCUGUGGAACUCUACAGUAGCAAACACCCAAGACAGCUAAAAUCGUAAACAAAAUAAAUCAUUUAUCUAACAACCUUCUGCUUGAUAUAAGAUCUGAUGUGUUGUUUGUCAAGAUUGUAGUGGCAUUGUGUAACUUCCUUAGCUUUGUUGAUCAGAUCUGGAGGCUGAGAUGUAUCAGUUAGGACAUUUCUUAGCAGAGCAAAAGUCAAUUCUAACGAGCCAGCAGGAUAUGUCUUUAUUUGGAGCAGAAGGUAAAUUUGAAAAGCUCUGAAAGUGAAAGUCAAAAUUUAAAAUUGCGAAUUUUAUAUAAUUAAGCAAAUAUCAUCUCAGGGCUGUCAUUAGGAGCCAGGGCAGCCACUAUGAGCGUGACUCCUGGCCACUUAGCUUUCAUAGGAAAGGAAAUGAAAAUAGAGCCAAAAAGAACCUCCUAACUGUUCAAUUUUCAACCCGCUAAUUUCAUAUACCCACCAACUUGAGAUCUUAAUGACAGCUCUGUGGUCUUUUAGUCCUUAUUUAAUUUAAAAUAUUUUUCCAAUUUAAGAGGACAAUAUUAACAAGGAAGGCCCGUCAAAAGUAUUCUUGGAAAAUCAUUUUUUCAACUGCAUACAAAAACAAGAGACUUGUAGAUAAGGAAUAAUGAUAAAUAACAUAAUGGACUUAAGUCGUUACUAGGUAUACUGUAAAUCCUCUAUUAAGCCCCUCUCUCAAAUAGGCCUCCUCCCUCUAAUAAGCCACCCCCCCCUUUUCAGCGGAAGAAAGUUAAUAAGCCCUCCCCACUCCCCUCCCUUAAUUAUUUUCUUAAUAAAUUAUAGAUUGUAUUAGUCAACAAUGACUGCAAGACUUUGUGUGGAUUGAUCUGAGAUCUCAAAUAAGUCCCCGUCUCUAAUAAGCCCCCCCUCCCCCUCCUCAAAUGGGCUUGAAAUAAAUAAGUCCCCUCGGGGGCUUAAUAGAGGAUUUACAGUAUGUUAGUAAGGUUCAUUUGCAAAUUUGAUGAUGGUAUUUUGUGUACAAUAAUAUUAGACUCAAGUUCAUCAGCAAAACCUUUAAACAAGGAUGAAAAAGGAAGCAGUUCGAUUGAGUCUGUUGAGGGUCUUGCGGUAAGUAACAAUCUGUAUUGGACAGCUAUAUAAGAAUAUUCCAUGUUGAGACCCAGGUCUGAUGUUUUUCCUUUUGUUUACAAACUUUAAUUUAUAAUUAUUAUUUAUUUUAUUGCACAGUCUAUUGUAUAUUAAAAGUAAAAUGAUUGUGGAAUAAAAAAUCUAAAGUCUCCACUAACUGUGUCUUAAUCAGUUAAUUUUCUUUAUGGUGAAAUUCUACCUCACCUUUCAUGUUAAUUUUCAUUAUUCGUAAAUCACUUCCCAUUACAUUCGCGUUAAUUUAAGUCGCAUUAAUAUCCAAUACCUAAAUUUCAUGGAGCGUUAUUAAUUUCCUUGUAUGUUUGUUAUCAUUCUUGCAUCUUCUUUGAUCCAUUACCUCCCAUGAUUUUAAAAGACUUUUCUGUGCAAUAGGUUGGAAUAAUUUACUAAUGAAAGUGCCAUUUCGAUUGCAGGGUGUAUUGGAUAUAAGUGAUAUAAACUGUGUAUUUGAGGGAGACCUGAUGGAAGUGUUUCCAGACACUUUUCUUCCCAAGUUGAAAGUGCAUGCUUUCCUCUUACAUGACAGUAUGGUCAUAGCAAGCAUUAUUCAAAACAGGUGAGACUUAUAAAAAGAAGCUUUAUGAUACAGGCCAGUUAAAUAGGGAUGCAAAUGAAACUCUAUAACUACUUUUGAGCCAUUUAACUGGUGUUUCACUGAUUUUUAAUCAGUUGUCAACCAAUUUUAUUUCUAAAUAACUAACCCUUCCUUCCUUAUCAAUACACUUAUUAGCUAUAAAUUAUUAAGUUUGUACAGUUUUGGCAAUAAUGUUGUUUUAACAAAUUAUUUUUACCUUGCUCUAAUUAGGAGAGGCCCUGUUCGCUACAAGUUCCUUUCCUUAUUUGAACUUGAAAAUGUUGCAGUGGUGAAUAUGACCAGUGCUGAUGGUAUGAACUUAACUUAACCUUUGAUCUUGAUUAUUCGUGGGAGCUAGAAGUGGAGAAGUGGUGACAGCCCUGGCCUUCCACUUAUGUGGCUGGGGUUUACACCAUACAUGGGUUGAGUUCGUUGUUGUUUCUCUCCUUUUCUCUGAGAAGUUUUUCCCCGGGUACUCUAGGUUUAUUUUUUUAUUUUUUUAUUUUGCCACCUUAUUAUGACAAAGUAAUAAAUUACAGGAAUCCGUUAGAAUAUGACAAAAAAGCCCAAAGAAACCAUGAGGCUUAUCCUGCCCUCUACUCAAAAGUCAACAUUUUUCAAACUUCAAUUCAAUCAGGAGUGGUAUGUGGAUGUGUUACUUCUAAAUCUUUAUUUUAUUUAUUAAUUAAUUUAUAUAUUUAAUAUGUAUGCAUUAAGGUCAAAAAUGUGGGUUAACACCAUGUUGUACAUGUAUUAUGGUGACUCAAUAUUCACACUGACUUUCACACAAGUUAUCAAAACAUCAGGCUCCAAUGCAGUAGUGAGUUGGUAUCUAGCGGAACAAAACUUGCUUAGAUGUUCAUAAAUUGAUUAAACUUAUCUGGGACAUGACUUUUGGGCGUGUAGGUACUAAAGAUGCCUUUAAGAUCCUGUUGUUUCCAGAGACUCAUGUCUAUGAAGCCGAAAGCAAACAGAUAAAGGUAUGGACUAUUCUAUCGUGUGGUUAACAAAAAUUACAGUCAUCUUAAACUGUCUAGUGGGUUAUGCUAAAAACCAUGCAUAUUUCUGCAUUUUGCAAGCUCCAUAGUUGUUUAGUGUUAGAUUGUCUUUCUAAUGUACGUGCAAAUUGUCAACAUUGAAAACAUUUUUUUCUGUAGAAAGAGUGGCUAGACAAAAUAGAAGAAUGUAAAAAGAAUUUUAAGCUCAAGUUGGAGCAGGAGGUUGGCCAAGGUGACACAGAAGUUACGGGUGAAUUAACCACAGUCAGUAGCUCAAACAACACUAAUCCAUUCUUUGAAGAAGUGGGGAAAAAUCCUUUCCUGGAAGAUGAUAAGAAUCCCUUUUACAACAACAAUGAUGAUGAUGAUGAUGAUGAUGGUGAUGAUGACAAGAAUCCAUUCAAGGAAAGCAAAUCAACAAAUCCAUUUGAUGAAGAUGAAGGUAAGUCAGGUCCUAACUUUAAAAAACAAACAGAAGCUAAUAUAAUGUCAAUUUAAUUGUCGCGGCAUGCUUCUAACUAUUUCAUUUAUUUAUGGUGUGUUCAACUGUUUAAUUUUUUCAGAACCUCUGGCAUCAUCAUCACCUGGUUCAAGCAGCUCAAAGUUAGUCAAGGUAUGUGUAUACAGUCCUUCUCCUGGCUUAUGAUUAGGUUGACAUCAUAGCAAAAAUUGCUUAACUUGCCUCUAGUUGAUAAAAAUGGUACAAUUUUAACAAAUAGGCAUUCCUUCUAGGAAAAAAAUACUUUCUCGGUCAAAACGUUUCUGGAUCAUUUCACUAAAAUUAAUAGUGAAGCUAUAAGUAAAACAUGUGCACCCAAUGAAAGCUAGAAGUACUCAGAAAAGAUAAUAACAACAAUCUCUUUGACCCAGGAUUUUCUGUGCUCAGUGAAAGCACUAGAACCUUGCCUUGAUUAGAUGCUUUUAUCUUGAACAUAUUUACUGUAAUGCUUAGUUUGGUGAAUAAUUGUAUAGUUCUGACAGAUCAUCAAAGAAGCCCAGAAAGUACCAACACCUAGACAAGCUUCUCAACCAGAGCCAGGCUGGGCAUUAGUUUUUCUUGUAUUGUGGUCUGUAAAGUUAAAACUUGUAUAAUUUGCCUUAAUCUAUGAUAAGUAAUUUAUAGUAAAAUGCUUAAUUCUUGUCAGUGUAAAAAAGGCUGGCUCACAGACCUCCCUGAAGAUUUAGACAUGUUUAUAGCACAAAGAGAUUUUGAAAGGGCAAUGGAGUUGAUUGACCGAAGUAAGUAAUUUGCUUUAUUUUUCACAGUAAAAAUAGGUUAUUAUCAACAUGCUGUAAGUUUGAUGAGUUAAAAUUUCCCUGACCUCUGUUGAUUUGAUGGUUUGAUUUUCAGCAAAUCAGUAUUUAAAAGAGAACAGUAGCUCUCAAGCAUCAAAGGAAAUCAAGUAUGUUUGUUGAACUGACUAUUAUCAAAAUAAGUUGGAGUGUUUCAUCAGUUUUGUUUUACUGAUGUAAAACAUUUGCCUGGUUAACCCAAGAAAGAGCAAGUGGAAGCAAUAGUUUUACUUCAUGAAAUAGUAUACAACUAUCCCCUGAGCGUUGAGGUAUAUAUUAUUAUCUACCCCUGAGGGGUUGAGUAUCAGUUGGAUAAAAAUGAAAAAAAGUCACUUAGUAGGAAAUUUGGUUACAAUUUACAAACAUUUCAGGGAUUUUAUCAAGUGAAUUUUUUGGAUUUUUAAAAUAUUUUUAAUAUUGAUGUAUUGUAAAUGAUUACACGGGUAAAAUUCUGAAAAUUUCAUGUGUACGAUGUAAUUUUUUUUAAAUUUGACAUUCAUUUUCUCGGGCUCCCUUAAGAAAUACUUUUUGGUGUUACUACAGAUGAUUUAUUACAUCUUAAGAAAGAAUGCAAUAUGCUUUAAAUAAAAUUAUUCCAUUACAAGAUUUUUGUCCAAUGAAAAUCAAAAUUACUCAAUGUCCUGGGGGAUUCCAUCUUAAAUUGUCAUAUUUUGCUAAUGCUUUUGUGAACAGAGUGCGCUUGGAUCGCCGAGUCAAACUACUAGUUGAUGCCCUCAUUGAUGAGCUGGAUUGUAGUCGCAGUUUUUUACUUCAUGUUGGUCCAAGGGCCACACGACGAGCUGUGUCAUUACUUGUGAGACUGGGAAGAGCAGCUGAGGUGUGUCUUGUGUGUUUAUUACAUAGAGGACAGGGUCAAAAGGAAAGAAUAACAAUGUCUUUGUUAGGGGACUUUCCAAAAGUCAGAACUGGAUGGCCCACACAUGUCCAAUAUACACAAACGGACACGAUUCGUCAAACUGAUGGUCCAUUGGUACCAAUGGUACCAAUAGAAAAGGGUGUCAUUCCAUUGGUUCUGUUGGUGAAUAUGCAUCUCAUUAAGGGGACUUUGAUUAUUUUCCCAUGUGACCUGGCUGGGUACAGGGCAAUUCCAAUGGUCCAUUGGUACCAUUGGUACGAUUGGUACCAAUGGAAAAUGAUGCCAUUCCAAUGGUUCUAUUGGUGCAAAACAAGUUCGCUUUUACACCAAGUAGAAACGUGCUAAUAAUUGUUAUGAAUAUUCCCGUUCUAUAAGCCAACCACGCAAUGACAAGUUCGCUUUUACACCAAGUAAAAGCGCACUAUAAUUAUUAUGAAUAUUCCUCGUUCUUUAAGCCAACCCUGCAAAACAAGUUCGCUUUUACACCAAGUAAAAACGCGCUAAUAAUUAUUAUGAAUAUUCCUCGUUCUAUAAGCCAACCACACAAUGACAAGUUCGCUUGGGUGCUUUUCCAUUGGUACCAAUGGACCAUUGGAAUUGCUCUGUACCCAGCCAGACCACAUGACAGAAUAAUCUAAGUCCCCUUAAUGCAAUGCAUAGGCACCAAUAGAACCAUUGGAAUAGGGUGCUUUUCCAUUGGUACCAAUGGACCAUUGGAAUUGCCCUGUACCCAGCCACACCACAUGAGAAAAUAAUCUAAGUCCCCUUAAUGAAAUGCAUAGGCACCAAUAGAACUAUUGGAAUAGGGUGCUUUUCCAAUGGUACCAAUGGUACCAUUGGUACCAAUGGACCAUUGGAAUUGCCCUGUACCCAGCCACACCACAUGAGAAAAUAAUCUAAGUCCCCUUAAUGAAAUGCAUAGGCACCAAUAGAACCAUUGGAAUAGGGUGCUUUUCCAUUGGUACCAAUAGGACCAUUGGUACCAAUGGAGACCCUUCUUAUCACCACUAACACCAAUGGAGUCUAUUUGUGAGUAUUGGACAACCCUCCAGUUCUGACAAAUGGAAAGCUCCCUUAGAGAACUUUAUCUGAGCCUUGAAAAGAUACUUGUAGGAGAACUUUUAGUACAGUUUUUUGCCAUUUUUAGGUCUUGUACCGCACAGUUAGGGAAAAGCAGCAUCUGAAAAGAUAAAUAAUUUCUUUAAGAACUUUUGUUUUUGUCCGACAGGCAUGUCAGCUGUUCUUACGAAACAGAAGUGAGGCCAUCAAACAUAGUCUAAGGUAUUAAAGCUACCGGUACCUAAGUGUGAAGUGUAAUCAAGUUUUCAGUCAUAUGUACACGUUAUUCUCAUAUUAUAGUAACAAAUCUUGCAAGGACUUUGGCGAUACGCAGUCUAAUUUUCAUGGAAUUCAGUAGGUAACUUGUGUACUUGUUGCUGUUGUUGUUUCCUGAAGGCAACUAAAGAUUGAAGGAGCUACAUCACUUUACAUUUCUAAGCUGUCAGCUGCUUUCUUUAGUAGCAUCAUUGAAACUGGCAAAGAGUUUGAUCAAGUGUUUUCAGCUAACAGAGGCUUCAGUUCAGGUGAGUACUCACUGCUCGGCUGUGAAUUCAUCUACCAGGCAGUAUUAGUUAAAAGUGAUGUUUUUCAGGCAUUAGGGGAUCUUACCAUAACGCUCACUCAGGAUCCCAUCUAUGCAUACCUGACUGACGUCCACACAUGUCCAAGGAAGAACUCAUUUGUUGUAGUAAAAAGAAUUCUUCUUUUACAUUUAGCAGGUCUUCGGAUGGCUUAAAGACGUCAUUCCGACCUCAUUCAGCUGUUCAUAAUUUUGUACAUAGUGCUUUAUGCCAGGUAGCUAAUACCUUCUUGUUACAACGUUUAAUACACAGUUUGAUUUAUUUCAAACAGCUUUUGUAGUUUGGGCCAAUAGUGAACUUCAGCAGUUUGUGUCUCGGUUUUCAUGCCAAGUGUUUCACAGAGAGAUGGAUGUUGCAGCCAUUGGUGUGUGUGUCAGUAUGGCUAAAGAGCAGUGUGAAAAGGUAGCUGAAGAUAGUUUGUAUGUUACAUUAUCGUGUUAUUAUCAUUAGGGCUGCAAAACUACGACGACUGCAACGAUAAAAGUCUUGCCUUUUUCUGGACUCUAUAAAGUGAAAUCACCCUUUGCUGUGUACUAUGAACGGUGUGAACACCUGACCAAGAAUAUCCAAGUCAUAAAAAAUUUCACUUACUAUCAACAAAUUGAGCGCAUUGAGGAAUUUUGAAAGUACCGGAAUUUACUCUGCGAAUAACGUUUUCACUGGUGUCGAUGUCGUUCCAGGCAUUGAUAUUCCCGUGCUACUUUUAACUGGUAACAUUGACAUGGAUAAGUAGUAAACAACGUGACUGAAAGACAGACCUUUAAUGGCUCUUCAGGCCUUCGUCUGAUGGUUUGGAACACUAAAUUAACGGUAUUAUCUGCCGGCGACUAUUUUGUAUAAACCACUGUGUAGAUAAUUGCGAAAGUACCUGAGUCCGACAUGUCUGUGCUAAUCGUUUGCAGAAUAUUUUGUUGAUAAAUGUUAUUUUUUCCUUGUUAAGUUGCAUGAGAUAGGCUUGGACUUGACAUUCUCAAUGCAGCAGAUGCUACUGAGGGAUAUUGCCGAAGCGUUACUGGAUACUAGAGAUCAGAUGGUGAAGUUUGCAAGACACAGGGCCAAGGUGUGUUCUGCUAUUACUGUAAUGCUUAUUUCUUGCUUAAUGUAAUCGCAAUUCGCAAUUCGUUCUUACAACAAUGUAAAUGUGCUAAUUGUAUUAUGUGGGCUUUACAGGAGGCAAACUGGACGCCCACUGACUUUGAAGGACGGCUUGAUCAAUUAAAUACCUUGUGUGGUGAAAUGGAAAGCUGUGGAAUUGAAAAUUUUAAUACUUUUAUUGUUGGUGAGUAACUAUGCUGUGGUACAGAUGAUAAAUGGACUUAAAUCCGAUACAAAUGGAUUACCAGAUAUCGCAACCGAAACAUCAAACGAACUGAAAGGAAUUUAUUUUAUUAAAUUAAGGCUAGUUUUCACUAGCGACGGAGUCGGUGUUGGAGUCGUAAGCGGAGUCGUAACUGAGAGGUUGACUGCGGCCGCACUUGUGGACUCAACCGAGUUAUUUCCAAUUAACUAGUUAAAGUUAGCUCGUUUAAAAAAACUUUGAGUGCGACCGGGUUUUCUACACUCUUAACCGAGUUCUAACCGAGUUAUGCAAAUCAAGCAAGAACAAUGGAUUUUCUUAACCAGGUUAGGUUUUUUUAAACCACCUCGUGAGGUAGUUUAAUGCAGGUUAACCUUAUCAAUCAGUCGAUCAUCUCCGCCUACGAGUGAGAAUGCUAGCAAACACAACAGUUUCGAAGUUAAUUCUUUCGCUUCAAGUUCAGCUUUUCUUUCUUAACACAACUGAGUUAAGACUUUAAGUAGUCGACCACUUUUUUUCAGUAAUUCGGGGUCAAAUCUUAGGCGAUCGUUAUUAUGAGCGACCCAAGCGAGAGAGAAAGAAAGAAAAAAGCGCUCGACAUUGAAUGACUUUGUGAAAGUCUAAAUUGAGUCCGGUCGCUAAUAAAAAGUAACCUGGUUAAACUCAUUUAACCGUGUUACGUUCUGAAGAAUUUUUUACCAGGUUAUUCAAAAACUAACGUGGUUAACUUGCCAAGUGCGGCCGCAGCCUUUAUGACCCAGUGAAAAUCAAAGAUUGGAAUCGUAAGCGGAGUCAUAAGCGCGACGGAAUCGGAGUCGGAAGAAUGAGAACGUUUCCAUUUCUUCCGACUUCCCUUCCGACUACGUCGCUUACGUUCCGCUUAUGAUCUAGUGAGAACCAGAUGGUCGGAAGCAGAAGCGGAAGGAUAAACCAAUCAAAUUGCACGUUCCCACGCUUUGUGAUUGGUUUAGUUCUUCCGCUUCUGCUUCCGAUUCCGACAAUCUGGUUUUCACUAGAUCAUAAGCGGAACGUAAGCAACGGAGUCGUAAGCGGAAUCGGAACGCUGUUUUCACUAGAUCAUAAGGUCUACGCUUCUUAUUACGACUCCGACUCGGACUCCGUCGCUAGUGAAAACAAGCCUUUAGUAGCUCACACAAAGGCGCGCUGCGUAUGGUUAGUAAAGGGAGUCACGUGGGGUGCUAACCAAUCACAGAGCAGAAUUAAACCAAAUGUUACCAAGAUGGAUCAGUAACCAGCGACAAUUCCUGCUGUAUAAUAGGUUAGUAAGGUAGUAACACCCGUUACCACUAGCGUAGUAAACACGUAAAACAAAACCACAAGAAACUGUAACUAUCAGUUUAAAGUGAUUUUGUGUUUGGUUUCGUUUGUAGGUAGAAGCAAGGUCGACCUGAGCAGUGCUACAGUGUCUUUUAUCAAAGGAGUGCUAGGAUUUGUAGCAGAUGGCUUAAGGGUUAUUACACCACAGGUAAUCAGACUUAAUAACGUGUGGCUCAACCCCACCCCCCUCUCAAAAACAAAAAGAAAAGAAAAGAAAUGCUGUUCUCUUUUUCUAAGUCAAAACUCGGAAAAGAAACAUCUUAAUUUUAAAAACAAAGCAGGUAACCUAGCAACCAGAAUAACUAUAGUAACGUAACGGCAAUAGUAACGCGAACUUCACAUAAUCGGUUUAGUGGGUAAAACAUAUAAGGUACAUUUGGUUAUGAUUGUAUUUUUGUCCCUUUUUUAUAAUGUGAGUGUCAUAGAUGUACCUAUUCAUCUAUCGACGGCGCUCAAAUUUACUUGGCUGUAUUUUUUUAACGUAACCUUUUUUAUUAUCCAGCUUCAGCAAGUGUUUGUUAAUUGCAUUGGGGAUCUAUUCGAAAACCAGGUUGUUCUUUUUGAGGGCAUUCUCAAGUCUGGUCGAUAUAUAAGCCAGGUGUGAUACUAGUUUCUUUUAAGUUUUUGCUUGUUUUUCACGUCGGCUAGUUCAUCAUGUAAGCCUUACGAGUUUAACUGAAUUUUUUAACGUUUAACUGAUUUCAGCAUGACUUCAUCCUCAAAAAUGCUUCGUUUGUAUUAGAAACCAUCCUUCCACUUGUUAAGAGAAAAUUAAAGGUACGUGUAGACAAUUUAUAUCAGUAAUCCUAGCAUAAUCAACAUUUUGGGAUUUAGCGAAAAGUCAAGAUCAGUCAGUGUUGUCGGGUCGCAAUUCACGUUACGUUACGUUGGUUUUGCCGCAUCACGAUGUUUUACGAAGCGUGACUUAGUAUGUGUAAAAUAGUUUCCAGUUAAUGUGCAGAUCAGUUGCAGAUGUUUAUAUUGAUGUGUCAUGUAACUGGUUUUGGUACCUAACAGAGUGUAUGUGUGUUCUAUUCUCCUGUGAUUCUGUGACCUGCCUAUUUAAUAUAACAGUUUCCAUUACUGCAUAAACACUCUUGUUCUGUUAAUGUAAACAAUACAAUUUCUUUUAAUUCAAUUAAUGCAGUUCCUCUAAUGUAAACAAUGAAGUUUCUUCAAAUGCCUGGUUACUCUUUUUUUUAAACGGAGAAGAUAAAGAAAAGCAAAUGUUUCACAACACCAAAGACGAUUUGUCGGGCGAGAAGUGCAUCGUCAAUUUGCGUUUAUUUAUCGUUUUGUAUUGUUUUUUAUGGUUUGUUUUGUUUGUUUCCUUAGGUUGGUAGUAGUUCUGGUCGGCUUAUAGAAAUACAAGGUGAACUGAAGAGAUUACAGGCCAUUUCUCCAUCGUCUGACCCUACUGAAGCUGAAGGACAGGCCGCCUCCAGAUGAGAGCAAUAUUAUCACUGAUAUCAAAUACAUACUAUGGUGUUUAUAUUUUGAAAGUAAACCUUCGUAAAACGAAGGUUCUUGUUUGGUAACAAAAAACCUGCAAAAAAUGUUAAAUGUCUCGAUUCCUUCUUUUCCAGAUAUUAUUGAAGUCAAUUUUCUUGUAUUUUUUGUAGUUGUCAAAGAGUGUUUUUUCUAUGUGCACAAUGUUAUGUAAACUACGCAGUACUUUUUUCUUGCGUUCUUCAUUAUGUUUCAACAAAAUGCUAAACAAUAUUAAUCACACCAAUUUAUUGUAAAGAUUCCAAACCUUUCUGACCGAAAAUGGUUUUACGCGGUAGGGGACUAAGACGAUUACUUGUAGGAGGCCAGGUUACCCUGGGAACAGCUGCUGAUCUCAGAGAUCCUUUUUCUAGCCGUGGAACAGGCAAUGUUCCUCAGGGUUCCUAUCCAUGGGAGAAAAUAUUUAAAAAACAAAGGGCUUUUUGUCUCUUGUAGAUCCUAAACCCGGCUCUACUAAUAAGUUCGGUAAAUUGCGUUUUCAUUGUUUAGGUAACAGUGAAAAGUCGCGGUAAGGGUUAAGCACCGUGCGUAUUGUUUAAGUACGUAACAUGCUACAGCCAGGAGUGAAAAGUUGUCAAUAACACAAUAAAAUUUCAGACCCGAUCCAAAAAAAUAAAUAUAUACCGUAUAAAAUGACAAAAACGGAAAUGUAAAUAAGUAGAGAUUUCAUUAC